AUGUUCCGGAGGUGCAUUUUGGAAAUUUCAUCUCGACAAACGUUUAGAAGAAACCCCAGACAUUUUAUUAAUCAGAAGAUACCUUCUCAUUUAUCUUCGCGAAAGGAAUUCUCAAAUGCAUCGAGACCAGCUGGUGCCCCAGCUCCUGGUUCUACAGGAAAGCCGCCUGAGUCUCAUGGUUCUCGAUCAAAGUUUUUAAUUGGAAGUGCUGCUGUAAGUGCUGCUCUUCUGGCAGCUUAUCAAUUUGGUUUCUUAGAUAAAUAUCUUGAGAAGGAGAAGCUUAGUGACCCUCAGGAAGCUCAGAUAGAUGAUGCCAUUGGAGAUUUGAAGAGUGGACAACAUUCAAUAGAAGAGUUAGUUUCAACCAGUAAUGAAAAGUCUAACAAUGAAAAUCCUGCUGUAGAGCAUGCAGAGCAGAAGGUUGAUACCAGUCUUACGCAGCCAGAAAUCGUAAUAGAAGAUUCAAGUGAUAAACCGAUUCCCGUGCAAGACAUUUCUGAUAUUGCUGAAGAUCGUAAUGCUGGUGCCAAAGAAAACCAGUUUCUUGAAUAUUCUCAAAGUAGUCUAACAUCGGAUGAUCCUAGUAAAGAGUCUGUGGUGCAAUCUGAUGUGAUUGUUGGCAUAAAAAGCACAGAAAUAGAUGUUUCCCUAAAACCGGAAGAGGAAAUCCAACAUACAUCGACGUCUACUGAGAACAAUGCAUUUCUAAACGAGAAUGGGAUAGAGAAUAUUCAACCGAAGCAAAAUGAAGAAAUAGAGGAAAGAAGUGAGAAUGUAUUAGCUAAAGACAUAGAACAACCACCUACCCUCCUUGAGGAAUAUCACUUAAGGAAUAAGUCAGAAGGAAGCCUUCCUAUUUAUUUACAUGGUCACGGCCUUACUGAGAACGGUCAUUUUUCUGAAGAAAAAGAGGCACUUAGUGGUGUAAUAGAGGACUUGAAAGAUGGUUAUGCCACAUCUAAGGAUGGAAAACUGGUUAUUGAAUUCGUACAAGCCAUCCAUGCUGCAGAGAAAAGGCAAGCUGCAAUAGAUGCACGUGCUUUUAAUGAAGAGAAGAAAACAUUGAAGGAAAAAUAUGAAAAGAAGUUAAAAGAUGCAGCUGCCAGAGAACUUAUGCUUGCUGAAGAAUCUGCAAUGUUGGACAGGGAGCUAAAGAGAGAGAGGGCAAAAGCAUCUCUUGCUAUUAAGUCGCUUCAAGAAAAGAUGGAAGAUAAACUAAAGAUAGAACUUGAACAAAAGAAUAUCGAAGCAGAGUUAAAGUUGAAGGCAGUUCAGGAGUUAGCACAGGCAGAGUUAAAUGCAGCCAUAGCAAAUGAGAAGGCAUCCCAACUUGAAAAAAUGUCUGAAGCAAAUAUUAAUAUAAAUGCCCUGUGCAUGGCAUUUUAUGCUCGAUCCGAAGAAGCUCGUCAAAGUAAUGCUGCACAAAAUUUUGCUUUGAGAGCACUUGCACUCGAAGAUGCAUUGUCAAAUGGAUUGCCAAUUCAGACGGAAAUAGAAUCUGUGCAGUCUUACCUUGAAGGCAUAGAUAAAGAUUCAGUUCUGGAUUUGGUGCUAGCGUCUCUUCCUGAAGAGACAAGAAACAAAGGCACUGACACACAACUUCAAUUAAAGCAGAAGUUUGAUUUCUUAAAAGGCAAUAUACGACACUUCGUGUUUUUCCCACCAGGAGGGGGAGGUAUUUUGGCACAUUCUUUGGCACGUGUAGCAUCCUUGUUGAAGGUUCGGGAAGCUGACCAAUCAGGUGAUGGGAUUGAAUCUGUGAUUAACAAAGUUGAGAGUUACUUAGCUGAAGGAAAACUGGCCGAAGCAGCAGAUUUUCUAGAAGAAAGUGUCAGGGACACCCAAGCUGAAGAAAUUGUUGCAGGUUGGGUGAAGCAAGCAAGAAACAGAGCUAUUUCUGAGCAGGCUGUAGUUUUUCUUCAAUCCUAUGCCAAUUCCAUUAGCCUUACAUGA